CCCCCCCCCGGGUUCCGCCCACCGCUCGCAGCCACGCUGCGGUCCCGACCUGCGACUCUUUAAUCCCCGUCUCCCUCCUCGUCCGCCCCGGGGAAUUACGGCGAGAGGGUGGGGAGGCUCCGCCGUGCAAACGUACUUUCCUUGGAGGCGAAAACAACUUGGGGCCAAACGGAUUCGUCGCAGCAGUGGCUUGAAAGUUUCUGUGCUGACUUCUGCUCUUUCAAGUGACUGAUUGAAAAGAAAGAGAUGAAGCAAUAUGAAUCCCUGAGCAUCAGCUCAUCACUGACCCCGAGGAAACGGUCUGAGGUGGAAACAGUAAGGACAGCAAAGGUGACAGCUCUUCUGACUCUUGUCUGCAAGGUUUACGAGCGUGAAUGAAAAUGCCGUUCAGCUUUGAGAUCCAUGCACUCUCACAGGAAGUUUAUAAAACAGAAAAACAACCCUGACUUCUGGUUUGGUUCAACGAGGCUUCUGAGUGUACCAGGCACUGUGCGGCCUACCUUUCACUGAGGUCAUUGGACAAGAAGAAAAUACAUGUUCACCAUGCUGUACCUAUUGUGCCUGCCAAUGACUGCCUGUACUCCUGGCUCUUAGAAAGUAAUAAAGCUCCCUCGUUUCUGAAGUAAGCAAGAGGCACUUAGCAGAAUUAUGCCAGGAACUCAUACAGUUAUUGCCACCUGAAACUAUGCCAAGUGAAUAGCAGCUUCAAAAUGAGGAGUCUUACGCCAUCUGGGCCGCAAAUGACCUUGGAUUUCAGAUGCUUUCUUUACCUGUCAAAAGAAUGUGCUUCUGGCGAAGAGCACGUCCACCCAGAUAGAAGGCAUCUUUGCUGCAACCAGAGGAAAGUUGGUCCAAGAAGAGCAAGAAGCCCUGCUCCAGCAGUGGGUGGAGGAAGGAGCAGGGAGUUCAUCAGCCAGUGAGGGUGCUCCAGUAGUGGGAAACGUAUUGACUACAUCCACCAGCACCUGGUUAGAAGGUUCAGAGCUAUUGAUGAGUAGCCUUAGCGACCUGAAUUCAGCUCCAGAAGUCGUGUGGUGUGCCAGUCAGCAGCUCACGGAGCUAUGUGCCUUGACCUCUUCAGAACCUCAAGAUCACGCAGUGACUAAACUGGAAAAAUUACCAGCAGAGGAAACAGUGGCUGUCGUAGGCAGUGCGCCUUGGGCAGCUCUGGUGCCCCAGGCAGAUCACCAGAUAGCUGGCUGUGCCACUAUCAGUGUAGAAGGGCUGAAUGAAGACCCAGCGGUGUUGGCAUGGAGUUUAGAAGGUGGCACAGAGAUGGUGCCAGCAGAGCCCCCUGCCUGGCCCGCUCAGGAUGCUGUGCAAUUUUGUCCUCUCCCGGCGGAGGUACCCUACCACGAGAUUUUAUGGAGAGACUGGGAGGAUCUUUCUGUCCAGCCUUGUGAGCUUGAACUGGGCUCAAAAAAAAAUCCUCUCUUUGAAUUUCGUGUCAUGUCUUACAACAUCCUUGCCCAGGACCUGAUGGAACAGGGCCACGAUCUUUACCUACACUGUCAUCCAGACAUCCUGAACUGGGACUACCGCCUUCCAAAUAUUUUGCAGGAGAUCCAACACUGGGAUCCUGAUGUUCUGUGUCUACAGGAGGUGCAAGAGAACCAUUACAGGGAGCAGCUAGAACCGACAUUUGUGAAGAUGGGCUUUGCUUGCUUCUAUAAACGGAGGACUGGGAGAAAGACCGAUGGCUGCGCAGUGUGCUAUAAGCAAAGCAGAUUCCAGCUAAUCACCGUCAGCCCCAUCGAGUAUUUCCGGCCUGGCCUAGAUGUCCUCAAUCGGGAUAAUGUGGGUUUGGUGCUUCUGCUGCAGCCCCUGCUCCCAGAGGGUCUUGAUCUGAAGGCAGUCAGUCCUUUGUGCGUCGCCAACACACACGUGUUGUUCAAUCCCCGGCGGGGAGAUAUCAAACUUGCUCAGAUGGCCUUGCUACUAGCAGAGAUUGAUAAGAUUGCAAAAACUGCUGAAGGUCAGUACUAUCCUGUCAUCUUGUGUGGCGACCUGAACUCUGUACCUGACUCUCCACUUUACAAAUUCAUCCGGAACGGUCAACUUUCCUACCAGGGAAUGCCAGCCUGGAAGGUGUCCGGUCAGGAAGACCUUUCCCAACAGCUGCAUUCUCGGAAGCUGCUGUCCCCGCUGUGGCCGAGCUCACUGGGUGUAACAGACAACUGCCAAUAUGUUACUGUGUGCCAGCCAAAGAAACAGGGCAGACGUAAGUACAGCCGAGACUUCCUCCUCCAGUUCCAUUUUUGUGAUGUUGCCUGUGAACGACCACCGGAGCUGAUCCUCUUGGAAGGUGUGACAGAUGCUAAACCAGACCCCCCUCCAUACUGGCCCAAGCACACUGCUCCAGUGAAUGACCCUGAUCUCCAGAUGCUCAUCCCAAGGUCUGCAGGCAUUAUCCAGCACGGCCUCAACCUGACCUCUGUCUACAGCCAUUUCCUGCCACAGAGGGGACGCCCAGAGGUCACAACCAUGCCCAUGGGGCUCGGUGCCACUGUUGAUUAUAUCUUCUACUCAGCAGAGCCUGUGAUGAAUGGAAACACAGGGGGUCGCAGGCUGUACCGAGAUGGAGUCCUAAAGCUGCUUGGCCGCCUUUCUCUUCUCUCUGAAGACGUCCUGUUGCUGGCAAAUGGCUUACCAAAUCCGUUUUGUUCAUCUGAUCAUCUCUGCCUGCUGGCUAGCUUUGGCUUGGAGAUCUCCAGCCUCAGAGAGGGUUAGUGUUGGUUCCCCUUUGCCUAAAGAAAAUAUAUUCUGCAUAUAUCAGUUUGAGACUCUGGAUUUACAACCAGCUUGCAAGAAAACUCUUUUAUUUGACGUGCCCAAAGAGUCCCUUUCUGCCCUCAUGCCCUCACAAAAAAGUAGGGAUGAGUCAGUUGGAGCCCUUUCUGCUGGUAUUUUGUGGGUCUCUGCAAAUCUAUGUUUCUGCACAGUUGUGUUCAGACAUUAUCAUCUCCUAAAGGGAUCCUUGCUCCACAGCUUAAUUUUUAGCAGAUGUUUUAGUGCUGCAGGAACCAACCUUGCUCCCAUGUUUGUCCGUUGGUAAGAUCUUCAAGGACCUGGGAAAUACAGAUGGAUUGCUGUCUGCUUCUGGCUACCAAGCAGCAGGGCAUAUGUACACCGAUAUUCAUUCACACCAAAACAAUGUUUCUUUUAAUUUCUGAAUGAUGGUUUGUGAAGCGUGGUCUUUAGGAAUGUGGUGUUGCUUUUGAGAGUGGAUCUGCCAACUGUUUAGAAAUGGUUUUUCUUAAUAAUAGUAAGGGCUGUGUUGCUGGCAAAAGAGCUUGUGUAGUUUCAACAAGAUCAUCCCAGUGAAUGUCAGGUGAAGAAAAUUGUCUGGCAAGGCAUGACAACCCCAGAGCCUGUAUCUCUGAAGGCUCUCAAAAGAGAGAUAAAAAUUGAAAGUGUUUUAGAGGAAGCAGAAACAUCAAACAGGACAGUUGAAGGUAUUGUAAAUGCCCCUACCCUUCCCCUGUGUCUUCUCAAUUCCAUUUUACCUCUCAGGGGACAGAGAGCCAACCUGUAGCGGCCUGCUGGGCCAGGCUGUGGGCUUUCUGAAGCUAGCCGUGCUUAGGUAGGUAGGACCCAUAGGACUGGCUCUUGUCUCUGAACAGAUGCUGGGAGGGAGGGGAAGGCUGUUUCCAUGGAGGCAGGAUUGUCAGUCUCUUGGUGUCCUCUUAGUGUAUUUUUUUCAGCUUGUACAGUGCAAAAAAACCCAAAACUGUACCUGGUCCUGAGGCAGAUUGCCUUGUUUAGCCUGAUUUUUGGUGCUCAGUUUUGCUAUGAGAGAGGAAAGCAAUAUUGGACAAACAUUUCUAACUUUCCGUUUGCAAACAAGGCACGGAAGUCUUGUCCUGCCUCAGGAUUUUUGAGAGGGUUUGAAAAGACUCGGAAUAUCAUUUGCUCUUUCUGUGUUACACUGGGGGAUUUUCAUAUUUUAAAUGUUACUUUCUUUAUUGAAAAAUAAAAUUUUUCUAAUUUAAUGAAAAAUGCGAAGUACCUGCAGCACCUCGUGCUCCUGGCAGCUGAACCCUUGGAGGAGUUGUUCAGCAAGGCUGGGAUGUGAAAGAGGACAAUGUGGAUUAGCUACACAGGAUAGUAGUAAUGAAGGAUAAAGAAUGGGGGAAAGGUGUGCCUAGCUAUUGUCUCCCAUCACAUCCUCACAUCCCAGAGGUCUAUUUGGCAUCAGAGUUUAUCUUGCAAAAAUGGUUUUGGGAACUGUCCCCCUCUUUCCAAGAAGGCAAAUGUUGUUGAUCCUUUACAAGUUAUUUCUGUGAACUGUACAAAAGAUGUGGGCUGUGUGCUCCAUUCUGUCCCCAUACAAUUCCUGUAUGUGCAUCCCCUUGUUGCCCCUAUUGCGUGGUGUUGUAUUCCCCUGGUGAUGUGUGGAUGGCUUUUGCUACCCCAGCUUGGAUAAUAUGUGUGAGAGUCUGCAUAAGUGAACAGGAAUCUGGAGGUAAACAAGUCUGCAGCUUUGUUCACCCUAAAUUUCAAAGGUAAUGGUUCUGCUAUGGUGCUGGUGUUUGUAAUUGGGGAGGGGUGCCGAGCUGUGUAUUUCUGUGGAUGUUUUUUCUGAGAGUUGCUCUAAUUUCUUCAAGUACUCUGAUUUUAUAAUUGGUUUUCUUUGUGCAAGGGGGAGAGAAAACAGAAAUCCGUGCAACUGAGAGCUUUCUUUUUCUGCCAGGCUGCUUGUAGGUUGCCAGAUAGCAAUCUGGUUGCAGAUAACUCCCACCAGCUGGUAACCUUGUAAAGGAAAACUUGAGACAUUGAAUGUUUAAAAACAACCGACCAAAAGCAAAACAAAAAACACUGUGACAUGUAGGACUGUCACUUAACACUGUGACUGUUUGCUUUGGUUAUAAGUGCUGGCCCAGUCUGAUAGCCAGUCAGUGAUGGGGGGGGUGUGUCAAAGUCCUCCUGACCCUCUGCCACUUUGCCCUCAGACCCACAAGCUGUGCGCAGUUCCCUGUCAGGUGAGCAGGUUGCCCAGGCACCUUGCCACUUCUGUGAUGUAGCUGAGCUUCAACAUCACAAAUACUUCUUCUAUUUCAUUUAAACCAAAGACUUGACUUUUCUUUUGGGUAACUUGCAUGAACACAUCUCUCAGGGAGGUUUUAAGUUCCAGCUGUUUUGCUGGAAAAUCUGUUUCACGGGUCAGUCUAACACUUUGUUUUUCAGUAUAUGUGAAAUUGUAUGAUAUGGACUUGGAAUACUUAAUUUGCUAAACGCUGUGGAUAUGGAGUCGAGUGCUUAGUGAUAUAAUAAGGGACUGUGGUAAUCAGCAACUUGUGAUGGGAAGCAAAAUUAAGAUUCCAGAUGUAGCUCUUAACACUGUUUCUUGACUGAAAUGUGUAACUAGUUGUCAUUGACAUAGUUCUCUGAUACAGAGAAGCCUGUAAAUGGUUAUGAAAGUGGAACAGGAAUAUCUGCUAUAGCCAGAAGAAGGAAGCAGACUGCCUAUGUCAUCUCUGUGGUAGUGAUGUAGAGUUCAGGGAGAUUGGUACUUAUGGAAAGGGAUGCCAGAGAUCACUGGCAGCGUGCAUAAAUAUCCUGUUAUGUCCUAAGCUGCAGAACCAUGCAGCUGUAGAGGCAAACACAGAUUUAACAACAGCUUAGAUUGCACCACAGCUACUAAGCUGUAUUUAAUUACGCCAUUUGGAUAGAAAUUGGACUUCCUUCUCUUUCUCAGUCUUACGUUCAUCACUUCGGGAAGAUGCCCUUUGUAAUCACUUCUUCCAAAAUAUAUGGGAUGGGAGGAGUAAUAAACAGUAUAAUUUCUCUAAUUUCUGUCUUUUUGUCAGAAAAUGAACCUUGGCUACUGCUUGAGGUCUUCUGUGUCUUAUGAGGUAUCUUUCCAACAGCUGUUUUCCCAUGACACUGGAUGUAAGAUCCAGUUAUCUUUUAAAGUUACUGAUGUUUAUUUUUCUCCAGCUGUAUUUUUUUUUUUCACUUAGAAGCUAUGGGAGAAUUAUUUAGGGCUAAGUCAUAUUAAAACUCAGUAUUUUAAUAGUGUCAAGCUGUAGGUGGCUUCCUCACCCCUUAUCUGGAGAGUUUAGUGGGAGGAGUGGGACCUCUGAAACCAACACUUCAGAUAGGAGUAACUCUUGUUAAAUAACAACAAAAAAUCAAGAUUUGCUGUCAGUGCCCUGUAUGCAACCUUCUUUGUAAGGCACGGGAAAACAGAGGGCCUUCAUUCUGCUCCUUUAAAGAGUCUCUUAGAGGACCUGAGAAAAGUUGAGCAUCUCAGAGAUGCUCUUUUAAGGACAGAUCAGGGCAUGCUUUGUGCUCCUACUGAUUCUGAGUGAUGUUCUUAGCACCUUGCAGAUCAGGGCUCUGCUAGAGUGCAAUUUCUCCUCCCAGUUUUUACCACCUUACUAAUGAACAUUUGCUGCAUGUACUGUUAGGACUUUGCUGACAGCCAGCGUUCAUCCAAAUACCACUUUCAUUAGGCUUCCUAUUGUGCAAGUUAAUUGAAUUGCUGUCUGUGACUACCUCUGUACCUGACUGUAGCUGCCUGGGUUGUAGUGUUUUUCAUAGCUCUGUCACUGAGAUGCAAAAGGUGGAUGAUCGCUGCCAUUGAAAGUACUGCAUGAUGUAUCAAAGUCUGAUACUGAGUUUCUGUAGAGAACUCAUCUGCUAUAACAAUAACAGAUACCUGACUGAACAGCCUGCAUUCUUCAGUUUCCUUGCUUUUGUCAGUUAUAGGAGCUUGGCUUCUGCUAAGGUGACCUUUCUGCCACUUUCCACUGAAAAUAUCUUUCUAGUCUUGAAGGUUUUUUCUCUUUUAUUUGUUGACUUCAUAUCAAGCGUGCACAUUCUUGUGCUCUAAGGGAAUAGGAAUGCUGUAUAAUGGAGCUGGAAAAUUUUUCCUAACUGUGGUUAGACAAACACAGCAACUUUCAAGGUGCUGAGGUGGCAAUGAGCAAAAAACUGAACUAGAAGUUGGCAUGCACUAGAACAAAAGAUGCAUUUGUUCCAUCCAGUCUUUCCUUUUACACACAAAAAAGACUUAGCAUCAAGCCUUGGUUUUUUUUAAGUCUGCAUUGAUAGUCUGCUGCCUUCUCCAGCAGUCUCAAGUUUAUUCACUUACCACUUUCAGAAGCUGCUCCUGAACUGGGAAUUGAAUGCAGCCCACCAACAAAAAAACAAACCAAAACAAACAAAAAAAAACCCAAAAAUGUAGGUGUCAACAGCUUAUUGGAAUUAGGAUGGAAGUCACUGCCAAAAUGAAAAUACAAAGCAGGAAAUCCAACUUACCUAAAUUAAUUGAAGUUUCUAACGGCCUGCUAGCUAAAGUAUAUCAUGUGCCUUUCCAUAACCCUGCAGUCCCUGUACAUAUGGUCCUUCUGGGCUUAUUUCCGCUUUCUCGUGGAUUUCUACAAGCUCCUGUGCGUGUGAAAUCCUUAAAUUUUGCAGUCUUGGCCUUCUCAGCAUAGUAGAUGGCAGUGUUUUUUGGUGGUGUUGUUUUAUUUUUUUUAAUUAGUGCUUUUAACUGCUUUUCCCAACAAAGGUUUUUCACCGAUGUCCAAGUAGUAUAAUCUCCGAUUUGAAAACCUAGAAUUGCAGGAGCUAGCUAAUCAGGGGGACAGCCUGAUAAAUGAGUUAGCAGAAAGUCUUGCAAGCAUCUGAAGUAGAGGUUUAUAGAAGUUGCAAUGCUUAAUUAUUUUUUGCUAUUAUUAAAUGCUUAAAGAUCAAUAACAGAGCAUGGAGCAAGAACCUUUCUGCUGCCGCUGAAGUCCAUCAUCUUCUGGGCUUGGACACAGACCACAAAGUCUUAUGAUGUGAUUACUUUCUUGUCUGUUCAUACCACGUACUAGGUACUGUGCAAUUACUUCCCCUUGAGACAGAAAUUGCUUGUAUAAUUAACUUAGCUAAGAGGGACUACUGCAUGUGCCAUACUUUGGAGUGACAGAAUAGGGAAUGUUUAUUGCUUUCUUCUGCAGUUGCAUAUUACUGUAAGCUUGCUUGCCUACAUCCUUAUUACUCGUUUCCCUAGAGAAGGGGUAUGUUACGCCUGAAAGAUGAUAGCCUGAAUAAAGUUGGAUCCCACUUCCUGGGGAAAUGCA